AGAACAUGGCGGAAGCGGAGUGAGGGUUUCCUACGCCAAGCGGGUGCGCUUCCCUCUAUGGCGGAGGUUGGGUGGAAGGAUCAUUCCACAGCUAUGGAGAAUGAACCAAGCACAACAGUAUCUUCCACAUGCACAACCACCAUCACUACUACGUCAUCUCCUUCUCGUACACAGCCACCGCAGAUAUCUGUCUAUAGUGGUGCUGACCGACAUGCUGUGCAGGUUAUUCAGCAGGCCUUGCAUCGCCCCCCUAGCUCUGCAGCACAAUACCUUCAGCAGAUGUAUGCAGCUCAGCAGCAGCACCUGAUGUUACAGACCGCAGCUUUGCAACAGCAGCAUUUGAGCAGCACUCAGUUCCAGAGCCUGGCCAGUGUUCCACAGGCAAACCUGUCAGGUGGGAGGCAGUGUGCAUCCCCCAAUGGCAGUGUCACUCAACAGUCAAGUAUGUCAGAGACCUCGAUUAAUCUUUCUGCUUCUCCUACACCUGCGCAGCUAAUAAGCCGUUCACAGACCUCGAACAGUAGCAGCAGCAGCCUGACCCAACAGACCAUGUUACUGGGGAGCACGUCCCCUACCCUGACGGCAAGCCAAGCUCAGAUGUACCUACGAGCUCAAAUGCUGAUUUUUACACCUGCUACCACUGUGGCGGCUGUCCAGUCUGACAUCCCUGUUGUCUCGUCAUCAUCUUCGUUCCCCUGUCAGUCUGCAGCUACUCAGGUCCAGAAUUUGACACUGCGCAGCCAGAAGUUGGGUGUGUUGUCUAGUUCACAGAAUGGCUCGCCAAAAAGCAGCAGUCAAGCCCAGACAUUAGCUGUGUGUCCUAAUAAACCUAUAACCAGUACCAAAGCCAGCCAGUCAGACCCUCUAGAAAGUAAAAGAAAAGGAGACAGCCCAACCACAGAGCCUCGAAGUCCAGCUGUUACACGAACAUCAAGUAUUCAUCAGCUCAUAGCACCAGCUUCAUAUUCUCCAGUUCAGCCUCAUUCUCUGUUAAAGCAUCAGCCACCCCCUGUUCAUUCCCCACCUUCAAAAAUUUCCCACCAUCAGCUGAUUUUCCAACAGCAGCAAGUUCAACCAAUCACACUCCAGCUUCCUCCCAAUCAGGAACCAUCUCCAACGCCACACUGUGUACCACUCCACGGCCAUGCUCUUCCUCCACCUCCCAGCGGUGCCCCAUCCCAGCAUUGUACAUCUGUUCAGAUCCAUCCUCCCCCUCCUACACUAUCUCCAACUCCAUCCCAGUCCUCGCAGCAAUCAGUGGUGGUAUCUCCUCCACCACCUCCUUCGCCAAGUCAGUCACCUACCAUUAUUAUCCACCCCCAAGCUCUUAUUCAAUCACAGUCACAUCCUCUAGCAUCAUCAGCACUUCAGUCUGAGCAGAAUCCAGCACAGGCCAGUGAUAAUUCAACAGAAGCAGUAUCGCAGCCAGUUAAUCUUCCACCCCAACUCCCAUCUUCCCCAGCAGCACACAUUGGACCAGCAGAUCAGCCUGCAGUGGUGUCUACAAGCCACCAGAUAACGUCGCCAACACCUCACCAGCAGUAUCCAGUUUUGCAGCCCACUCCAGUUCCAGUUGCAACUUCACCACGGCUGUCAACAUCUCCGACCCAUAAUCAACCACUCCCUCUUCCACCUGUUCAGUCUUUACAACCCGAAAUUUUGUCCCAGGGUCAGGUUUUGGUGCAGAAUACAUUGGUUUCUGAGGAGGAGCUACCUGCUGCUGAAGCUUUGGUCCAGCUGCCAUUUCAGACGCUCCCUCCUCCCCAGACAGUUGCAGUAAACCUUCAAGUACAACCAUCAGUACCUGUUGAGACCCCAGUGAUUUAUCAAGUAGAGGAUAUGUGUGAGGAAGAGAUGCCAGAGGAAUCUGAAUGUGUCCGCAUGGCUAGGACCCCUACCCCACCAACCUUGUCACCACCAGCCAUCACGUUACAAAACAGAGACGAUCUUACAUAUGAGGAGCCUUUUUCAGAACAAGAGGGACAUUCUUCAGUGGCCUCAUCAGUCAGCGCUUCUGUAAUUAAAUCACCAUCAGACCCUUCACAUGCCUCUAUUCCACCACCACCUCUUUUGCUUCCAGCAGUCGCCACAAGGAGUAACAGCGCAUCAAUGGCUAAUAGGAACCCUAGCAUAGAAAACAAACUUCCACAGGCUAUCGUUAAGCCACAAAUCCUGACCCAUGUUAUUGAGGGCUUUGUGAUCCAAGAGGGGUUAGAACCAUUUCCUGUAAGUUGUUCAUCCCUUCUGAUCGAGCAGCCUGCAAAAAAAAGACUCCUGGUGGAGGGCCAGGUGAUGAAUGUUAUGUGCGUUGAACCAGAGCUACAAAACAAUGCAAAACAUGCAGAUAAUUCCUCUGAUACAGAGGUGGAGGACAUGAUUACUGAAGAGGGACUAGAUGAGAUGGAAACUGAUCUCCUCAAGUGCGAGUUUUGUGGGAAAAUGGGGUAUGCAAACAAGUUCCUGAGGUCAAAGCGGUUCUGCACCAUGUCCUGUGCCAAAAGGUAUUCUGCAUUACGACGGUACAAUGUCAGCUGCAGUAAAAAAUUCGGAUUAUACACAUCAGACAAAAGCAGUCGUUGGAGCCGGAGCCCAGAUAGCCAAAACCUAGGACGACGCGGGCGUCGGCCCAGCGGCUCUGAUGGAGCUUCAAGAGAUCACUUCCUUAGACAGCUUCCAAUUACUUAUCCAUCUGCAGAAGAAGACUUGGCUUCUCAGGAGGACAAUGUGCCAGUUGCCAUGACCACUCGCCUGCGAAGGCAAAGUGAGAGGGAAAGAGAGCGUGAACUUAGAGAGCUGAGAAUUAGGAAGAAGACAGACAACAUGGAUUUGUUACCAGCGGUGCAAUCUGAUCCAUCCCUAUGGACAGUUGAAGAUGUUUGGGCCUUCAUACGUUCUUUGCCUGGCUGUCAGGAUAUUGCGGAUGAAUUUCGAGCCCAGGAGAUUGAUGGACAGGCUCUUCUGUUGUUAAAAGAGGAUCAUCUCAUGAGCGCAAUGAAUAUUAAGCUAGGACCUGCGCUGAAAAUCUGUGCACGGAUCAACUCCUUAAAGGAAUCAUAGUGGAGAACUGAGGUUCAAACGACAGCUUCCACCAGAUGACAGACUUGUAAAGUAAUAAGUCAACAUCUUAACCAUUGAUGUGAUUAUUACUAUUGUGUUUUGCUAAGCAUCUUUUUCCACAUAAGAACUAUUGCAGUAGCCUAUAUAAUAUAAUCUAACAAACCUUCCAGUAAUUAUCCAGCUUAUCAAGUUGCAUAAGCUGUGUUGGCAAACUGGUGUAGUCAAAUGCAGGGUGAGGUAGAGUCAGUGAAAAGCUCUAUGAAGUGUAUGUAACAUCAUGUGGGUGAUGCUUAUUCCAAAAAGGCGAUUAUUUACCAUACAAGAUUUAAGCUUUUUUAAAAAAAAUACAACCUUGAUUACAGUUUUAAAUUGUGUUUCUGUACACUUUCUUUUUCCUUUGUAGAAAGCUUUUUAAGAAUACGGAUUAACAGAAGAGUCCACAGAGUCUGUGGAAACAUUGAUUAUGGUAAAAUGCUAUGCAUUUAAUUGUGCUCUUUGAGUUUCAAUUAAUCUUGAGCGUACAGUUUGAAGGGAUCUUGUAACUGACCGCCUCUUCUUUCAUAACCCUACAGCUCACCUGCCAUUAUAGUAUUUUCUUGAAGUGAGGAAGCUUUUUGUAAAACAUGUAAGGUGUUUUGCAAAUGCAGUAAGCCUUCCAUUAUUAAAACCUUUGGCCCCCUGAACUCCAUACUUUUCCAUGUCAGCAUAAAGCAGCACUCCUGUGUAUUAAUGCUUUUGGGGGUGGGGAAAGAAGACUUCCUUGAUAAAUAAGAUUGUACAAUAAGUCAAAUGCACAUAUUGAUAAAGCUGCUGAGAGCUAGAGUAUGAUACCCUUCCUAGAGAAUACAAAAAGCACAUACGUUAUGUUUUUUGUAUGCUUGCUAUGCACUGAAGAGGGCAUUAUGUUGUUAUCCUUCUAGUUUUUCUUGCUGCUAUGUGUCAUAAACCAACAGAGUUAAUGUACACCUGUCCAUUCACUAGCCUAGGAAAUCCAUUGUUGUCUUUGUGCUGUUGUACAGCUCUGAUUUCUCAAAUAGCUCUAAGGAGCAAAUUGAAUCUGCAGACAUUUCCUGUCCUUCUGUAGUUCUCUUGCCCCCCCCCCCUUCCUUGUUCUCCUCAGCAGAUAUUCUGCUGGAUGCUGCUAGGGCCAUGUGCUUCCCUCCUCCUUUUGAAUGAGCACUUUUUGAAACUGCAGUGACUUGAGCUCUGACAUUCUUCCUCCUGGCCCAGUGUUAUAAGAUGAAUAGGUUAUUCGUCUUCUAGCAAGGACCUCAAAAUCAACACCGCCAAAGUAUUAAGAGAGUGUGUCUAUUACAUCAGUUUCACAUAUUGCAUCAUACAUUCUGGACUCCACUGAAUUAACCUCCUUUAAUGACUUUGGCCCCAGUCCGUCAGAAACUGAGAAACUACACUGACAGGAACAAGACCACGAAAUUGCAUUUAAUUUCAGAGUAACUUGUACAGAAGAAAUUCCCAAUGGAUUGAGAUCACCAUGUAACUGAAUGUGAAUCAUAUUAUCCUCAGUAAUAUGAACCAAAGUUUUGUUCUUAUUCAUGAUUUGUUAGAAGUUUGGUCAACUUUUAAUUACUGUAUAAACGAAAAACACAGUAAGACAUCAGAAUUACAAUUCUAUCUUUUUGUUUUGACUUGAGUCCAGGGAACAAUAAAAGGAAGUUUUGAUCUGUCAUUUCAAAACAAAGGGGUAUUUGUUUGUGAAUUUCAACCUUAGUUGUUUAAUUGAGAGUAGUUUAGAAUUAGCAAAAGCUCUUAGAGUUGCAUGAUGGUCUGGAAUUUUGGAACACUUUCAAAAAGGUGUUUCUAGCUGUAAUAGUUAAUUGUUAAUGGAUUAAUCGUUGACAGGUUGUCAGAAGCUCAAAGUAAUCCAGUUCCUUACAGUUAAGGAAAACUAUCAAACGCUUAGAGAUGAACUGUGUGUGAGUGUGCGUAAGUUUUAAAAACAGGUAUUAUAAGGUGUUACAUCAUUGUCCAAUUCCUCAUUUUUACUGUAUACAGUCUGCACAUUGCAGGAACUUGCUGAUAUGCUGUAGAAUGUAAUGUGGCCAAAGCUGCCACCCAGUUGUGUGAAUGGGUUCUCAGCCUAGCAUGUGUUUAUGAGCAGCUGAUAAAGAUUCCUGCAGAUAGCUUUAGCCAAAGCACAACUGGAGGGAUUUGGAAUUUGGUACAUUUUAGCUGAGUCGUUGGAGGAUGGAUGGAAUGUCAUCGUUUAGGUCAGUUUCUAUCACAUGUACUUCAAGGAGACUUAAGACUGCAAUCCAAUGCACACUUACUUGGGAGCAAAUCCCAUGGAAUGCAUUGGAUUUAUUUACUUCUCAGUAAACAUUUAAAAUAAAAAUAAUUAACUGCCAUGUACGUCAGGCUAAUUCUGUUUUCCAGUGGAUUUAUGUUAAAAUGUGUAAUCUGGAAGCUUCAAACCUGGAGCUUUCCUGCCUCCUCUAAUUAUAAAUGGAGCACAAAUUCAUAAUGUGGCAAGCAUUUUAUAUAAAUUACACCAAUCACUCAUAGUUUGCUAGCUGUGCAGUGUAUAGGUUCACAGUGAUUUCCUGAUAAAGACUUUAGUAUUUUUCUUAAGUAGUAUAUCAGGGUCUUGCACCCCUUAAGAUAACUAGUAAGAAAAGAAGCACAAAAGAGUGUAUUCGAAAAAGAACUGUCUGUCAUGGUAGCUUCCCCAUCACAUAAGAUAGGAAUCAGCUCCACCAAGAACCCGAGUGUGCUUGCAUUGGGCCUCUCACUUGGACAAGCGUAUUCUCCUGUUGCUCAGGCUUUGGCAGUGGCAGCUUGUUUACCACCAGACUAGUGUAGUGCCAGGCUGCUGCAAGGCUCAUCUCUUGCACUUCAUGCUCUGCAGAAGCAGCUGAGUAUAGCCUCCAGGCUGCUACAUACUGGGGUCAGAUAACAGAGAUAGUCGAGGCAAGCUGUGUGAAGGGAGGAUGCCCCUUCUUCCUGGUGCAGAUUGCAUCUGAAAGGGACCCAGAAGGCAAUCAGUUAUUCUGUCUUCUCUUGGCUUCAUAGUCUCCUUUACUGUGUGUCUGGCUGCACUGGGCGGGUGCACUGUGCUGGAAAUGCAGUAUAUGAAAUCAGAAGUCAGUCCGAUGUGACUUUUGCAAAAGCAAGAUGUCCAAGAUUUUGAUGGCCAGAAUUAGCUUCUCUUUCAUUUGUUCUGCUUGCCUCCAAGUGUUAUCUCAGAUGAUAAAACCACCCUUUUAUUCAUUACAGUGGUUAUAUUGUAAGGAGACCUAGGGUAUUAUGUGAAUGCAUUUUACUGUGUGGAGCAUUAGAGCAAGCAGUUGAGCAUUUAGGGCUUCUUUCCCCCCCUCAAAAUAAGUAAAGCACCUUCUCUGCAGAUAUUCUGGGAGCUGCUAGUAGAGAAUAGGAGAUGCACAGGAAAUAAAUGCACAAGAUAUGUUUGUGGACUCUGGUAAUUGGGUUAGCACAGCUAACCAAGAUAAGCACAUUAUUUUGCUUGCUAGCUCUCUUGUGUUGCCUUAUCCCGCGAUCUAUUCUCAAUUGUACAUCUUGUGUUCAAGUAUACUUGAAUACCAGUGUGCAAAAUGUAUAGAGUUGGGUCUCAGAUAUCAGCUUCUACCUUCAGUAUACCCCAAGUUGCACUGUAAUCCAUCUGAGGAUGUUGUGGUGUGAAGUUGCACUGAGACAACAUGAAAUCCAGCUCUGCAACCCACUGGCAUUCACCAUACACAUAGCAGCAGCCUGCUGGCUACAUCAGUAUUAUAACAUCUCCAUCUCUGGCUCAUAUUGGCUUCAAUUCAUUGGUUGCUGUUUUCAUAGUUAUUACAGUAAUUAUGUGGUCAAGUGACUACAUUUGUUAGAUAUUAUGGAUAAGAGUUGUAGUUGGGUGGCACCUCAACACCAGCUUCAUGUACUGCUGGCUGACUAGAAGUCGACUGAGGAAAUUGGGAAUGGGAGGAUUACAAAGUUAUGGAAGAACUUACACAGCUAUCCUGGACAAUUUAUCACUUGAUCUGAACCCCAUUUGGUGCCCCCCAAGUCUGUCAUAUGGACUGUAAGUAUCAGCAUAUUCCCCCUCUGAUCUAAAUAUAGGUACAGCAUGCACUAGAUCUGCCCAUCUGACAUUUUUUUAAAAAAUGCCUUCAUUGGGAAGACCUUAGUCUCCUACAGGAUGGCUGUCUUCUAUACACCAGGCUAAAGAUAGUUUAGGAAAGAAAGGCAGUCUGGGGUAGCAACCGUCACCUCCCACCGCUAGGUAUUUAAUGAUGCUUAUUCAGCUUAUGGAUGUAAAACAACUACUGAGAUUUAGCAAAAAAGACCCCUACCUCCAAAAAUGUGUAAUGAAAAUAUAAGUAAAGAACCAUUAUAUACGAAGAUGUGGUUGUGAUGUGGUUGUGAGAGAAGACAUGUGGCCCACUACCCCAGCCCACUGUUUUCUGUGUUUAAAACAAUAUUGAGAAAUCUAGACCAUGAGCCAGAGAGGAGUUUAAGUACCAUUCUAACAAUGGUACUGAGUUUGCCUGUUUUUGCACUUGAGUCUCAGUGGUCUUAGGCCCACUUUAAUUUCUUUGAAUUGUACCCCAGUGAUGAUAAAAUUAAGGGAUUAUUCCCAGCAAAGACAAAUUCUAACCUAAUACUCUCUCCCCCCACCCUGCCUUCUUUGGCCUUCAAUUCUAAAUGCAUUGUGCACCCAAAUUUCUUGUUCUUUUUCGUCUCCUAAGUAUAUCCACAGAUUUAUUUGGCAAUUCUAGCUGCAUGAA